UCCACCCUCACCACCACCACCAGCAAGCACCGCCCGCCGAGAGCGUGCCGACUCUCAGACUGCCCGUCCCCCGUCGCAAUUCCGCCGCCAGCUCGUCACGGCCGCCGCCGCCGCACCGCAUGGCCAGCUCGACCGACGAGUCGUCAGAGUUCGGUUCUGGCCCCCGCAGCCGUAUGGAGGACUACCACGCGGCGCACAGCGGACGCGGACCGUCUGCCUCGGCGCCUGUGACUCCAGGCACAGAUGGGGAGAAGGAGGACCUGUUCCUGAACAUCGCCGCCGACAGUGCGCCCAAGCAGCAACAGUCGCAGCAACAGCAGCAGCAGCAGCAGCAUCAGCAGCCGCCGCGCCCAGCAGAACCCACGCCCCGGAUUGACCGGUUAAAGUCUCGAGUUGCCCGCAUCAAUGAACGACAGUCAUAUCCAUCCGCCCUGCAGACGCCCGUGCAACCAAGCUCCACCACGCCAACAUCAACCCGCAUUCCCUCCGCCGUAGAUUCCAGGUCCAGCGCCCUCCGCCGCGGCUCGCUCUUGCCCACGCCAUCGCGCUUUGAUCGGUCCUCCAACUCGCCAGCCCCCGAGGCGGUCUACCGAACGCCCCAGCUCUCGCACAAGAUAUCCCUGAGUUCGGUACGAAGAGACUCGGACCUCUCCCCGCGCGAUUUCCUCGCCCAGUUCGCCUCACCAAGGCGCUCAUCCCAGCCAGAAGUCAACCACGCAUCGUCCACUCGCACGCCAAUCCAGCCGUACAGGCCCUCGAAUCUGUCGUAUGAGCCACGAACGCCCCAGGUAGAGACGUCGUUUGAAUCGGCCUCACGCGCCGACGGCACUGAAUCGCACGGGUCCACAGGGCCUGCGGCGUCUGUAUGGGACGAAUUGGACGAGCUCAAGUCCCGGAUACGCAAGAUUGAAAUGGGAGGCAAGAUUCCUUCGACGUCCGGUGCCAUUGUGUCCCAAGCGUCAGCCGACCGCCCACGCACCGCCAACACGUCGGCUACGACUGUCUCUUCGUCGCCAAACCAACAGCGAAAGUCAAACCCUUCUCCGUCCGAGUCUACCGUUGCCUCGCAUACCACGACCAACAGCCCCAAAACCCACCCACUGCUAAGAGACGCUCUUGCCAAGGCGCGGCAACACAUCUCGCCCGCAGUGUACCGCACGUUGGAGGCGGCGGCAUUAGAGGCGCUGGCGCUGGCUGAAAUGAGCGGCAGUGCUGGGCCCCAGGGCACGCUUCAUUCAGUCAGCUCCAUUACCAACGGUGCGGUCGUGUCUGACCGCCAAGUUCGGCGCAAAGCUGAUAACCUCUGCCGCAGUUUGACUGAGCUAUGUAUAGCCAUGUGCGACACAAAGACGGGCUUGGCCAGUCCCGCCUUCCGGAACGCCACGGCUGCAAUAUCGCGUCGCCCAAGCGUCCAGCUCAACGGCGAGUCACCAAGCAUACGAGAGAGUAUCGAGUCCGAGAGCAACACGUUGCCUGGUGUUAGUCCCAGCAGAGCAAUGUCGCGCAUUGAGGCUCGAAGGAGCAGUAUGCUUGCUGUUAACACGAACAGUCCGCGAGACACCAGUCAAGAGCCCUACGACGACAGGCAGGCUCCUUCGCGACUGCAGCGAGCAGGCACCAGUCUUCACCGGGCACGACAGAGCGUGGAAGAGGAUGAGGACGAGACGAUAUUAUUUCGCGCACCAUCCCGUGCAAUGACCUCGAUUGAUUUCCGAUCACGACAACAACAAAACGAGAAGAACCGGUUCAGCACCGGUAGGCAGUACACUUCUCGUGAACCCAUGCCCGACCUGCAGCCAUCACCCGCGAUCCAGACCCCCUCGAGUCUUCGUAGGCCCAGCAUCUCCAGCAGUACACCGUCAACAAACGAGCACAGCCUCCUCUUUCGGGAUAAUCAAAGUCGUUACGGCCACAAUCUAGGUCGCGAGGGUUCCCCGGCCAAUUACGAGAAGCCCUUGUCUGGAGGCCUUCGAGCUCGGGCACAAUUGAGCGUCGCCCGAAACCCCAGCAACAGACAUUCAGUCGGCGGCAUUUCGGAUCUUGGCCGCAGCGUAAGCCUGGGUAGAAGAUUGAGGGGAUCAAGCACCGGAGAGUGA